UGUUCAAGCUUCUAAAAUGUCAUCUAUCAAGCACUUAGUUUAUGCAGUUAUUCAUUUUUUACGGGAACAAAGUCAGAUGGAUGCUUAUACUUCGGAUGAGCAAGAAAGUUUGGAAGUUGCAAUUCAGUGCUUGGAAACAGUUUUUAAGAUCAGCUCAGAAGAUACACACCUAGCAGUUUCACAGCCUUUGACAGAAAUGUUCACCAAUUCCUUCUGUAAGAAUGAUGUUCUGCCCCUCUCAAACUCAGUGCCUGAAGAUGUGGGAAAAGCUGACCAAUUAAAAGAUGAAGGUAAUAACCACAUGAAAGAAGAAAAUUAUGCUGCUGCAGUGGAUUGUUACACACAGGCGAUAGAGUUGGAUCCCAAUAAUGCGGUUUACUAUUGCAACAGGGCUGCUGCUCAAAGCAAAUUAGGUCACUAUACAGAUGCGAUAAAGGAUUGUGAAAAAGCAAUAGCAAUUGAUUCAAAGUACAGCAAGGCGUAUGGGAGAAUGGGGCUGGCCCUCACUGCCAUGAAUAAAUUUGAAGAAGCAGUUACAAGUUAUCAAAAGGCAUUAGAUCUUGAUCCUGAAAAUGAUUCCUAUAAAUCCAACCUGAAAAUAGCAGAACAGAAGUUAAGAGAGGUAUCUAGUCCUACUGGAACUGGCUUGAGCUUUGACAUGGCUAGCUUGAUAAAUAAUCCAGCCUUCAUUAGUAUGGCAGCAAGUUUAAUGCAGAACCCUCAAGUUCAACAGCUAAUGUCAGGAAUGAUGACAAAUGCCAUUGGCGGACCUGCUGCUGGAGUUGGGGGCCUCACUGACCUGUCAAGCCUCAUCCAAGCGGGACAGCAGUUUGCUCAGCAGAUACAACAACAGAAUCCUGAACUUAUAGAGCAACUGAGAAAUCACAUCCGGAGCAGAUCAUUCAGCAGCAGCACUGAAGAGCAUUCCUGA